AUGAUGGAGCUUCUACUAUUGGUACAGCACUUGUUAAUAAAUUAAUUUAUUUUAUUUAAAAGGGGCAAUGGUAUCGGUGAUAAAGGAGCAUAAAAUAUUGGAUUAGGUUUGAGUAAGUGCACUCAACUUACAAAUUUACAAUUUUACAUAGGCAAAAAUUAAAUCGGGAGUGAUGGAGCUUCUACUAUUGGUACAGCACUUGGUAACUGCAAAUUCUUAACUAAUCUCAUAUUUGACAUUUAGCACAAUCAAAUCGGUGAUAAAGGAGCAUAAAAUAUUGGAUUAGGUUUGAGUAAGUGCACUCAACUUACAAAUUUACAAUUUUACAUAAGCUAUAAUUAAAUCGGAAAUGAUGGAGCUUCUACUAUUGGUACAGCACUUGGUAACUGCAAAUUCCUAACUAAUCUCACAUUUGACAUUUA